GACCUCGCGGACGCGCCGUCGUCUCGCUUCCUGGUUGAAAAUGGCGGAUGAGAAUGAGACAGCACCGCUGCCGGGGAAAGAAGACGUAGAGGACCACGGACACUGCAGCGACUGUGAAAAUGAAGAGCACCACUUCGACGAUGGUGACAGGGGUCAGGGCGACGACAGCAGUGCCAAAAAGAAGAAGAGGAAGCAGAAGAAGAAGAAAAAGAGCGGCGCGCCCACAGAAACUUCUCAAGACCCCCUCGCGAAGGUGAAUUCGCUGCCCGCUGACAAGCUGCAAGAGAUCCAGAAGGCCAUCGAACUCUUCUCAAUCGGCCAAGGUCCCGCCAAGACCAUGGAGGAGGCCAGCCGGAGGAGCUACCAGUUUUGGGAUACGCAGCCUGUGCCCAAGCUGGGUGAGACUGUGACAUCGCACGGCUCCAUCGAACCCGACAAGGACCACAUCCGUGAGGAGCCCUACAGCCUCCCGCAAGGCUUCUGUUGGGACACCCUGGACCUGGGCAACCCUGCUGUGCUCAAGGAGCUCUACACUCUUCUCAAUGAGAACUAUGUGGAAGAUGACGACAACAUGUUUCGGUUUGACUACUCGCCCGACUUCCUGCUCUGGGCUCUGCGGCCCCCCGGCUGGCUGCCUCAGUGGCACUGCGGAGUGAGGGUGAAUUCCAACCAGAAGCUAGUGGGCUUCAUCAGCGCCAUCCCCGCCACCAUCCGCAUUUACGACAUUGAAAAGAAAAUGGUGGAGAUCAACUUCCUGUGCGUCCACAAGAAGCUCCGAGCCAAGCGAGUGGCCCCGGUCCUGAUCCGGGAGAUCACCAGACGCGUCAACAUGCAGGGCAUCUUCCAGGCGGUGUACACGGCCGGGGUGGUCCUGCCCAAGCCCGUGGGCACGUGCAGGUACUGGCAUCGCUCAUUGAACCCUCGCAAACUGAUUGAGGUGAAGUUCUCCCACCUGAGCAGGAACAUGACAAUGCAGCGCACCAUGAAGCUGUACCGCCUGCCUGAGGGCCCCAAGACGUCUGGCCUGCGGCCGAUGACCAAGAAGGACGUGCCGGCCGUGUGUCGCCUUCUGCGCGAGUACCUAAGCCAGUUCAACCUGGUGCCCGUCAUGAACCAGGACGAGGUGUCCCACUGGUUGCUGCCCCGUGACAAUAUCAUCGACACAUACCUGGUGGAGAACGAGGGUAAAGUAACGGACUUCCUGAGUUUCUACACACUGCCAUCCACCAUCAUGAAUCACCCGGUGCAUCGCACUCUCAAAGCUGCCUAUUCCUUCUACAACGUCCACACCACCACCCCGCUGCUGGACCUCAUGUCCGACGCCCUCAUCCUGGCCAAAUCGAAAGGUUUUGACGUCUUCAAUGCACUGGACCUCAUGGAAAACAAGACUUUCCUGGAGAAGCUCAAGUUUGGCAUUGGCGAUGGCAAUCUACAGUAUUACCUUUACAAUUGGAAGUGUCCCAACAUGGGCUCGGAAAAGGUUGGCCUGGUCCUGCAGUGACGCACCCCCAGCCUGCACCCUGCCCAUCCCCUCCGGCGUAAAGUGUUACAACAAGACCACCGCGGCCGCACCAUCGCACCCGCCACCUGACCGACGGGCACGAAGACUCUUUCGAGAAGAAACCUACUGCCCGUUUUCUUUUUUUUGGGGAACUUUUUGGACCUGCAUUACGUCUGCUAGGCAGGGCAAGGCCCCCCCCCCCCCCCCCCCCAUUUCAGGCGAACUUUGAAGCUGUUGCGGUUACAUCAAAGCCAAUAUUUGACAUUGGAGGGUGAUUGUACCAACACACACACACACACACACACACACACACACACACACACAGUCUGCGAGAAUGACUACAAUCCAACUAUGAAAAACAAACAUACAUGUAAAUAACCAACAACACCACUGCUAAUUUGUGCCCGAAUGCACACCACUACUGUUUUUAUGUUUGGAGUGCUUCAAGUAAAAUUUGACCUAGAUUUCAAAUGAAGACUUUUAAAAUAGGAAGCUCAUGAUGUGGUAAUAAUCUAACAUGAUAUAAUAGCAAGGGCUUUUUCCCCAUUCCUGCUUGAUCAUCUCAAAUGUUCUCAUCCGGGCGUCAUUCUAGAAGAUAACAAGCUGAAUCGCCAUCAACAAGGUGAGCAAGGGUUUUACCCUGAUAAGCCACGCUGUGAUUGCACCAGACUUUGACACCUUUGUUAAUAAUAAACCUGCUGUUAAAGCUCACUAAUACAACGACUUAUUUGCUGAAGCGUUGCAUUUUCCUACUAGAUAAUAAGAGAACGACUGCAAAUAUGCUGUUUCAAAAAUCGAAAUAGAAGCUUGGAUGAUGUGUGAAAAAAAGCCGUCUCGCCUUUAAAAUGGCAGUUGUGAAAGAGCUCAAAUGGGGAUGGGUUAAAAAAAAAAAAAAAGAAGCUUUUGGGAUUUUUUUCAAUCAUUUAAAGUAAAUCAAUGACUGCAAGUGAAGCUGUGGAUGACAUUUUUGGAGCAAGAAAUAAAAUCUACAGAAAGCGA